GGUUCAGAUUAGCAAUACUGGAAAACACCUAUCUUUUCCAGCUCAAUCUGAUCUCCCUGUCUCAUUGUCUGUAAACUGAAAUGGCUACAAUGGUAACUACUUUCAGGACGUAUGGUGGCCUACUUUUAACAGUUAUAGUAUAUGUACUAUUUCUGACCAAUACUGUUUCAGGAAAACAUUCAGGGAUCACAAGGCGUUACAAAUUCGAUAUCAAACUGAAGAAUGUGACUCGGCUUUGCAAUACAAAGAGCCUGAUCACUGUUAAUGGGCAAUUUCCAGGGCCCCCAGUAGUUGCUCGGGAGGGUGAUCGUGUGAUUAUCAAAGUGACAAAUCACGUAACCAACAACAUUAGUAUUCAUUGGCAUGGAAUUCGUCAACUGCGAUCUGCAUGGGCAGAUGGUCCUGCUUAUAUAACUCAGUGCCCCAUUCAAAAUGGGCAGACUUAUAAGUACAAAUUCAAAGUCACCGGGCAAACUGGAACACUGUGGUGGCAUGCACACAUUUCAUGGCUGCGAGCCAGUGUAUAUGGACCCAUUAUAAUCUAUCCUAAAAAGAACACCUCUUAUCCAUUCCCUAAGCCAGAUCAUGAAGUGCCCAUUAUUUUUGGAGAAUGGUGGAAUGCAGACACGGAAGCUGUCAUCAACCAAUCCAUGCAAACUGGUGGCGGGCCUAAUGUAUCCGACGCCUAUACCAUAAACGGCCUCCCUGGCCCCUUGUAUAACUGCUCGGCCAACGAUACAUUCAAGUUGAGAGUCACCCCGGGGAAAACAUACCUCCUGCGCAUAAUCAACUCUGCUCUCAAUGAUGAACUCUUCUUUGCCAUCGCCAACCACACACUAACAGUGGUAGAAACAGAUGCAGUCUACGUAAAGCCCUUCAAAACCAACACAAUUCUCAUAUCACCCGGCCAGACCACCAACGUCCUAUUAACCACCAAAACCCAUGCACCCGCCGCCAAAUUCCUCAUGUCAGCCCACCCCUACGUAACUGGCGGCGGAACAUUUGAUAAUUCCACAGUAGCCGCCAUUUUAGAAUACAUUCUCCCCAAUACAACCUCAAAUAACUUCCCUCUACUAAAACCCACACUUCCAGCUCUAAAUGACACCUCCUUUGCAUCCAACUUUAGCAAAAAACUAAAAAGUCUGACCCCUCCACCCGUUCCUCAAACUGUGGACAAGCAUUUCAUGUUCACAAUUGGACUUGGACUCAACCCAUGCCCUAAAAACCAGACCUGUGGAGGCCCCAAUAACAACACCAAAUUCACAGCCUCCAUUAACAACAUUUCCUUCGUCAUGCCCACCACGGCUCUUCUUCAAGCUUACCAUUUUGGCCAAUCUAAUGGCGUCUAUAAUACCACUUUCCCUGACAACCCACCUUUUCCUUUUAACUAUACUGGUACACCUCCCAACAAUACAAUGCCCACUAAUGACACCAAUCUCAAAGUCCUCCCUUUCAAUACCACAGUCCAGCUUGUUCUGCAGGACACAAGCAUUGUGGGUCCUGAGAGCCAUCCUUUGCAUCUCCAUGGCUUCAACUUUUACAUUGUUGGGCAGGGUGUGGGCAAUUAUAAUGCUUCUAGUGAUCCCAAGAAGUUCAAUUUGGUUGAUCCUCCAGAGAGAAAUACAAUAGGGAUUCCUUCUGGAGGUUGGGCCGUUCUUCGAUUUAGAGCUGAUAAUCCAGGAGUGUGGUUCAUGCAUUGCCAUUUGGAGGUCCAUACAAGCUGGGGAUUGAAGAUGGCAUGGAUUGUUCUAAAUGGAGAUGGCAAAUCUCGAUCUCUCCCUCCUCCUCCAAAAGAUCUUCCCUCGUGCUAGUCACUUGUUAUACUCUCUUGUCACACUAGAGAUAGGAACAUACUUUUACUCUCCAAUUGUUGGAGUCCAACAUUGACCUAUUUAUUGUUAUAGAAGAGUGUAUUUCAAAGCGAAUGUGAUAGGGUCUAGUUGGUAUGUUGUGAUUUCAACUUUAGGUGAAAUAAGGUCCACUAGAAAUCAUUUGCAUUUGUACGUCUUACAUAAUUGAGUUGAUCAAGUUGCUCCAUAGAAAGUAGAGGUCUUAGGUCCUAAAAAUGAAGCUUGUAUCGAUCUCCAAAUAAGAAAAUGAAUAGAUGAUAAAAUAAUAUUUUUCAA